AUGAAUAGCAACUCUCAAACUCGUUUAUACCUAGAUCUGUCUAAGGUUGAGUCUCUUGAUAGAAUUAAUUAUAAGAGAUGGUCACAAAGAAUGUUGAUUGGUUUUGAACAAGUAGAAGUUGAUUAUGUUUUAUUUAAGGAUGCCCCAAAACCUAUUGUUCAAACCAAUGCUAUGAUUGAAAUUCCUAGUACUCCUAUUGCUGGGAAUAAAGAAUCUGACCCUAGCCAGAGCACCACUACUGUUAUUGUUAAUGAACCUGAAAUCAAGAAAUUUGAUCGUGAUAAUAAGUUUGUUAGGGGUCAUCUUCUGAACCACAUGAAAAAUAACAUAUUUGAUUUGCAUGUUAAUAUGAAAUCUGCUAAGGAGAUGUGGGUGUCUUUAGAAAAGAAAUAUGGUGUUGAUGAUGCCGGGAAAAAGAAGUGUGUGACUGGAAAUUGGUUGAACUUUAAGUUGGUCGAUUCGAAACCUAUCAUGGAUCAAGUCCAUGUGUAUGAAAAUUAUGUUGCUGAAAUUCUUGCUCAAGGUAUGAAGAUGUGUGAGAUCCUGCAGGCUAAUGUUUUGAUUGAGAAAUUACCUGAUUCCUGGUCUGAUUACCAAAAUCAUCUUAAGCAUAAGAAAGGAGAUUUAACCCUCGAAGAAUUGGUGAGUCGCAUGAAAAUUGAAGAGGCUAAUCGGCUUAAAGACUCAAACUCCAAGACGAAAAAUGAGCUAGUUGUGAAAGCUAAUCUAGUAGAACUUAAUUCUGACAAUGAAAGGAAUUCUGGUGACAAUCGUGCUCCAAGGGGAAAUCUAAAAAAUAUUAGGAUAACCUUAAGCCUAAAGGCAAGAUUGAUAAGGCCAAUGCUAGAUGCUGGAACUGCUCAUGUAGCUGAGGAUGAGGAUGAUGAUGUGAUUGCUGCGAUAGUCUCUGAGGUCAACUUGGUAGAGAAUAACACUGAAUGGAUUGUUGACACAGGAGCUUCCAAACACUUUUGUGCCAACAAAGAUUUGUUUGCUAGUAUGGAGGAAGCCAAGGAAGGUGAACAAGUCUAUAUGGGGAACUCUCACUACUAG